AUGGAUACUUCUAUAAAGUGCGUCGUCGUAGGAGAUGGAGCAGUGGGAAAGACUUGUUUAUUAAUCUCAUUCUCGUCAAAUACAUUCCCAGAGGACUAUGUGCCAACAGUAUUUGAUAACUAUUCCGCAAACGUGAUGUAUAAGAACACGACUGUUUCAUUAGGUUUGUGGGAUACUGCUGGCCAAGAUGACUAUGAUCGUUUGAGGCCUUUGUCAUACCCAGAUGCUCAAGUCUUUCUUGUUUGCUUCUCUGUUGUCAAUCACACAAGUUUAACGAACGUAAAAGCCAAGUGGGUUCCCGAAGUUAGACAUCACUGUCCAAAAGUUCCAAUUGUUCUUGCAGGUACAAAGUGUGAUCUUCGUAAAGAUAAGGAUUACAUUCAACGAGAAGGAUUGCAAGUAGUGAGCCCAGAGGAAGGUCAACGAGUUGCUAAAGAAGUGGGAGCUCAAUAUUACUCGGAAUGUUCAGCAAAAUCUCAAGAAGGAUUGAAGGAGACUUUCAACUAUGUUAUUGAAUGUGUUUUGGAUCCAAAGUCUCCUGAUGUCGGAAAGAAGAACGAGAAGAAGGGCAAGUGUGAAAUUUUGUAA